AUGUACUUGUCGUUUUACAUUACAGAUGUACAGAACAAGCUGGUUUUCCAGUACCUUUUAGGCGCCACAGCGCCUUCAUUUAAACACCUUUGGACCCGUGUUCAAUCUGCAUGCCCUCAAUUACUAGAAGACAGCGGUAGUGAUAACUAUUUAGAUCAAGCAAUGGUCGGGAAGGACCUUGAGGUCUAUAAGUACUUUUCGGUCACAAAUAAGCUCAAUUAUUGGUGCUUAGCCUCCACUUCCAAAUCAAAGGGACCACUUGAUUGUUUUAGCUUUUUGGAGACUAUAGAUUGUAUCCUUUUAGAAUACUUUGACAAGGAUAAAUUAAGUAUUAAGAAGCUUGUUAAUAACUACGAUAGAAUCAGUUUAAUCUUCAAUUGUUGUAUUGAAGCUGGUGAGCCCAAUGUUAAUGAUUUUCUCUAUGUCAAUAAAAUCAAAGAGGAUGUUCCUGAAAGGUCCGAUUUGUCCAAGUUUAUAAGCUCCACAGCCCAUAACUUACAACAAGCUGUACAACUUCCACAGCAAAGACAACAGCAACUACAACAGAAUCAAAUGUCCCGUGGUAACAUUUCCAUUGCGGAAGAUGAAGAGAUCGUUCCUUGGAGAACAUCAAAGGCGAGCAAACACGAGAAUAACGAACUUUACGUAGAUUUGUUGGAAUCGUUCCAUGUAGUACUCGAAAAGAAAAAAUCUCGUCUAAGGUUGGUUAAUGGGGACAUUCGCGGGGCAGUAGAUGUAAGAUCUUAUUUGAAUGACAAUCCUUUAGUUUCAGUGAGGUUGAAUACAAUGGGAAACGAAAUAGGCAUACCCAGUCUACACGAUUGCGUUGAAAUUAAUGAUGAUGGAGAAUUUACUCCUUCUAAUAUAAAAUUUAUACCACCGGAUGGGAAAUUCAGAUUAAUGGAGUAUUCCAUAGAUUUGAAUUCUCAACUACAGAAAUCAGGAAUAAGGAUGAAUUCUAUUGGAAUGAUAUCGGUACAUUUUCAAAAUGGGUUGGGCAAAGAUUCCGAUGAAUUUGAACUUUCAUUAAACAUCGAAAGCUCUAAAAAGGUGUCCCAAAUUGAAGACUUAAAGUUAGAUUUACAAUUCAAUAUUGAAGACGCUGGUGAAAGUGACGUAGCAUAUAAGGUAAAAAUCUUACGCAAUACUCAUGGUCGUUUUGAAAAUAGUGUUACUAUGGGGCAAGGACAAUGGAUUUUUGAUAAAGCUACUCCUACGGGAACAAUACCCGUAUUACGAGGUUGUAUUGAAUAUGAAAGUUUACAACCUAACAGCACAAGAAAUAUCGAUUUACACACAGUCUCAUUAGAUUAUUCGUAUAUGGGACAAUCAGCCAGUGGCAUUUCUGUGGAAGCUAUUGAUAUUUUAUCCGGGUUGACCAUUGGUAGAAACACCAAGUUAUACAAAGGUGCAAAAUAUAAAACCAAAACAGGUGAUUUUCAAGUAAGGCUAUAG